CAUUUACAAAAAACAUUUAUAAAAAACAUUUACAUUCUGAAUAAAAAAUCCUUAUUGAUAUAACAAAUAGAACAAUGAAAUCUUUUAGUUUUUUCGUAUUAUUAAACGUAUUAAUCCUCUUCGCUUAUGCUCAGGAUCAAACACUUCCAGCAGCAGCUACUUGUGAACUAACUUUCGCUUUACAACAAGGCUCGACAUGUACACCAUGUCAGCAAGCACUUUUUAAACAUAAUCCAUUGGAUUCAUCAUUCCUCGAGACUAAAAAACAACCUUCUGACAAAUGCUUGUUUACUAGUUUUCUCUUUUAUCAUAUAUCUGUAAAUGAUCCUUCUUCUAAUGGUACUAUUAACCUAGACUCACCAGACAUACCAAAAUUAACAUUAGCUUUUGAUCAAGCUUGCGCUGAUACCGCAAAUAAUGCAUGUAGUGAAUCAGAUUCUAAAAAUGCUUAUACCGAAGUCGCUAAUGCUUGUGAUGUAGAAGUGAAUGAAUAUAUUUCUGUUAAUGGAACUGGAACUGGUGAAACUAAUAUUAGUAGUGUCGGAGGUAGAGCUAUAUCAACUAUGAUUAAUUAUUAUAUUGCUAUACCUACAAGAGAUAAUUUUUGUUUGAAAAUAAAUAACCAAUAUUGUUCGGUUAAAAGUUUUGAACAAUCGAGUCAAAAUACAUCGACUUCAAAUACGAAUACUAUAAAUGGUUUAUCAUGUGAAGAUGAAUGUAACAAACAAUCUUAUAAGAAUCUCUUAAGUUAUCAAUCAUCUCAUCCCCCUGAUGCUCGUAAUUUACAAAAGGUUUUUAUUGGUAAAAACAACCAAUUAGCAAGUUAUGAAGCACGUUGUCCUAAUAUGACUAGUAAUAUUGCUAAUAACUUUAAAUCUGACGGUCAGAAACUUACUCAUCAAUUUUAUAAUUUUUCUGGAAUUAUUUUAAUUAGUCUUGUAGGAUUUAUUUAUACAACUUUUAUGUAAUAAUAUAUUA